UUCGCUAGCACUGAAUAUCAGUCAGCGGCCAGUUCUCAGCGUUCGCGGCGGCCCUUCUGCGGGACAGACAUUUCGCUCGAAUUGUAUCCAAUCCUCCAAUUGCGUAGACAUGUCGAUGGCAUCGCUGGGUGUCAGCGGGAUCUUUAUGGUCGGCUGCUGUGUUGCUGCCCAGAUUGCACGCCUGGCCAGCCGGCGCUUGGUGACACGGGAGGGAAUUGUGCCCAUUCUGGUCAACGAGGCGAUAGCCGCCGCCGAGCUAUGUGCCUGCUGCUUCGAGCUGAUCAUAGUGGCUGACAAUUUUGGCGUCGCCGCCUAUGCUGUCUGCCUGUUCGUGCUUACGGUGUGGUGGGGCAAGGUCUGGGGCGACGCCUCCGCGUGCCCCUACACCCACAUGGAGGACGUGCUGGAGGGGCGCACCAGCUUCAAGGAGAUGGCACUGUGCACAUGGGCCGAGCUGAUGGGCGGCUGCUGCGUCUAUCGCAUCGUGCAAGUCUUCUGGUGGCUGGAGUUCGCGGAAACCCACAAGGGACGGGCCUUCGAGUCCUGCAGUGCCGAUCUACAGGUCAGCCCCUACCUGGGGGCCGUGAUUGAGGGCGUGGCCACACUGCUGUGCCGCCUGGCAUCGAAAACCCUCAGCGACAAGGAGCCCAAGUUCGCCAGCUACAUCGACUCGUUCAUCGGCACCAGCCUGGUGGUGGCAGUUUACGCUUUCAACUAUGCCCUGCUUGCAGCCUUCAACUUCUCCGGCGGCUACUUCAAUCCGGUGUUGGCCACCGCCCUCAAGUGGGGUUGUCGCGGCCACACCAACUACGAGCACAUCAUUGUCUACUGGAUUGGUGCCUGCGUUGGUGCUGUGCUCUCGGUGCCGAUCUACAAGCUGCCUAUAGUUCGACGCUUCCUGCUCGGCGAGGAUAAGCCAAAACAGGCCUAGGAGCAUCCCCAAGGCUCUGAAAUGGGAACGGGACGGACGGGGCUAUCGAGAAGAAGCUAUAGAAUAUGUUGGAUUUCUUAUUUACCUUAUACACUUGCACAUGCACAUUUGUUGUAACAUUUCGAUAUUUCCUAGAGAAUUUGUACAUAUUAAAACCUAUGUUGAGCGUA